AUGGCCUCUCACUCUAUCCCUCAAUACCAGGCCAGUACCACUUCAAACCGACUGGCAACCAUCUCUGGACCUUCACUGGUCAAUGCAUAUACUAUGUCUGUACAUCGUCCUCCCCCCCAAUCUCAAGGGGCACCAGUCACCCGUGGCCACAUGGCAUUUGGAGUGCCAAUGGCAGGUGUCUCAACCAGUUCUACCAGCUUGCGGGGGCAUACACGUGGUCGUGGGCAACGAAUCACAGUCAGUGCGCCAUUGCGUACCAUCCAUGCUCAACUCAUUCUCAUGCCAAGAGAUCCCAUGUAUGAUUACACUGAGGCAGAUGAUAACCAUGUAGGCCAUGUGAGGCGCAUGCGCGAUGGUGAAGGAUUAGCAUCUGACCUCCACUUUCUCACCGAGCAUGGGCUUACUCGCAUGGUGAACUUGUCAGGCCGCAAAGGCGAUUCACUCAUGAACCAGAUCGUUCAUGAGGUCACACAGAUGGCUCAUGAUGGCCACCUGCAGUUCCCAGCAUGGCAAGCUGACAAUCUUCCACUAGCUACAGAUGCACCCAACCGUGAUAUCCGCCUGAAAUUCCACAGUUUGCCUUUCCGUUUUCUCCAACCUGGCAAUUCCAAUGGGAGCCGGGGCAGGCGCUACUUAAAUGUCGAUGCCGCCUUCAAUUUCCAAUCUUUGGAAGUCUCGAAGUUUUUCAAGCGAUGUGACCAUAUAAAGAGCCCUGAAGAUUCCAAUGUGUCGCUCAUCUAUCUCUGUCCGAAAGGGGGCGAUGUUAUUGGACCGUUGAUCAAGGGCUCAAUAUAUCCCCACCACUGUUUUGCCGACCGUAUUGCAACCUAUUUAAUUCAAAGCUAUGAAGACACCGCUGGGAUCACUGACCAUUUCACAACUCCGCCUUGUGCUACCACAUGUCCUCCUGAAGAUUCACUAGGCACACCUGCAUCGUCUACUUCUCAACUGAGCCUAUUGUCACCCGCAUUGCUGUCAAGUUCCAUUCCAUCCUCACCAACCCCAUCUCCCUCCUAUGCCAGUCUUUCUCCUCGCCCAGAACUCCCAUCUACACCUGCCACCAGCGAGUCACCUGCAGCCAUGACAUCGGUGGGCAGUAGUACUAGUAUCUCAUCAUCAAGCCUAGUACCUCGCUACAGCAAUCGUGAUCGAUCAGCAUCACCCCAAUGCAGGGACAUUGGUCCUGUAUCUCAUGGUCGAGCUCAAUCUCAUGGGCAUUCAUAUCGCCUAAUUCCAUACUCUGAACGUCAUUCAGAGUCAUCAUCUUCAGGGGAUAUUACAUCUGGUCAUUGGCUUAUUCCAGCAUCGUCAUCAUUCCCUAGUCCUGAAGCCACCACUUCUGCCACUGACACACCAUCCACGCCACUGGACCAGGAAAGAUUUAUAGACUUGCGCCCAUUGGUCCAAUUUAUACCACGCCGCCAAAAUCAACAACCCCGAUCUCCUUUACUACUACGUCCUUACCCUCAGCCCUCUACUACAACGUCCCCCAUGCUCUCAGGCCUACCAUCUUCUGAGGAUACUAGUGGCUCCAUUUCCGAAACCAGCUCCUCUCUGCCCAGUGAAGUGCAUUCCCCAGCUCUAGAGAGAGCACAGCAUGGUCGCACAUCAGUACCCACCUAUGAUCACUCCCUCGUCCCUUUGGUGCCUUUCAGGGCAGACAAUCUCCAUGAUCUGACAGAUCUGCGUGAGGGGAUUCAUUACUCGGCAGAUUCAAAGUACCAUGGUGCAACUUUCUAUGUUGAGGCUGAUGUCCUUUCAGAUGCUGCUGAUGGUAUUAUUGACUUCUUCAAAUACCAAAGGCAGUUUUCCGAUGUAGACUCAGACAUCCGGGACUUGUCUGAUACCUUUGCGUUCACAAAUCCUGAUGCCAAGAGCAGUUUUCGAGUCCGAUGGGGCACUGAAGGGAGGGACUGCACGCUAACUCAUAGCGAUGUUGAGAACAUAUUCUCAAUGUCAGUCUGGCAAUUUCGAGCUGGUCAUCCAGAGGCAACAGACAGUAUCGGCGAUGGGCCAAUGCGACAGAUUCUGGAUACAGCUAUGAGACGGUGUCUAACCUGGAAGCCUGACAUAGGUUCUGGUGACGAUGAGGAUGUGAUGGAUGUUGAUGGCGAUGUCAGUUCAUUGCUCGAUGACGGCUAUGUCUCACUCAAGCUUUCGAGAUUUCCAUCACCCGAGAAACUCGACAUCAUUUUUGCUCUUGGACGCAUAUGUGCGUGGUACCUGGUCAAGAUCAACAGUGGACCGGAUCUGAUUUCUCCUGCUUUGCUUGAGCUGGUUAUGAAUGGUGUCAGCUCCAUCAUGGAUGAAAAAUGGCUUUCUACACUCUACCCAACACUUGCAGAUGUUCUGAGUGUGGUUCCCCCAGAUGAUCAGAAUGGACAGUGCCUUCCUCGUGAACCUAAAAUGCGAUCACAGAUCACCCGCAUCUGUCAUGUCUGUUUGGACACCACUUUUAAUGAGAUCUAUCGCACUGGGACUGAACAAUGGCCAGCCGUUCGUCGUGACUUCUUUUGUAGUGCCCUUUUAGGCUACUCCUACGAGUCUUUUGUUAAAUCACAGGAAUACAAGGCGUUCACAACAGGCUUUGAUAUCUACCUUACAUCAUCUCUGCCUUCAAUCACCAAGGCCCUACAGCACCAUUCCAAGCCAAUUCUGCAGCAUAUCUUCAACAAACGUUUAACAGCAGUUAAAAUAAGCCCAUUGUUACGCUUUGAAGUUGAUGGAGAUGUGAUGUUCCAUGCAUGCAUGUCGCCUCUUCUGGAGGCCUUGAAGAAUGCGGUGAUUCGUUACUUGGAGGGAGAAGGACAUCCAGACCAUGAUGCAUUUCAUGAUCUUGUAGAUCCUGAUCAUCAACCAGGUCCUGAUUAUCGUGCCCAGCGUUUUGUCAAGGUGUUAAGCGGUAUCCCUACUCUACCUGCUGACCCUUUGACAACGUUUAGAAUUGCAUUAAUUCAAGAGGUGUCAGACGCUGCUACUUUUCAUGGUCAAUUCAAUGCCGAUCGCGAUAUCAUUCCACCAAUGGUACAUACCUGCAUGUACAAGCUGAACGUCUUCAUGAAUGCUCCCCUCAUCAAGUGUCUUCAAAAUCCACCAAUAGAUGUGUCUCAAGUCACUGCUCUUGAUGUAUGCCUACACAUGGCGCUCAUAGAGGCAGGUGAUGAUACAUUCAAUGCACGAAUGCCUUUAUUCGUGUGA